UAAAUAUGGAAAAAGAGGAGAUUAAAGGAGACAAUGCUCCUCCUGAUGAUGAAAAUCAGGAAAUGGAACAGUUCGAAGUAGAACCAAAAACAAAACUUAGCAAAGAAGAAGUUGAUAAAGCAGAGAAAUUAAUCAGCCAGAGGUAUCCACUCAAUUACCUCGCUAUUGAGGAGGUCUUUACUUUCUUGCGCCCAUUAAUGAUGUGGAGGAAGAAACAGAAGGCUAAGAAGACUUCUGAGAAAUUUAAGAAACUGAUCACGGCUGAAGCUAUUAAGAAGAAACUCCAAUCUGAGAAAACGGGUGGGUUGAAGGUUCUGACAGAGACAAUGGCAAGAUCUUCACACCAUAUGGUGCAGGUAGCUUCAAAACCACAGGAGGAGAAGAUGGAUCAUGACCCCAUGAAUUUGUUUGGGAUAGGCAUUGUAGCUCAGUUUGAUUUGAUGAAGUACCUGAUCUUUGCCUUCAUCCUUUUCAGUAUCCUAUCUAUUCCCAUAAUCCUUAUUUACAGUGGAUACGAUGCAAUGAGAGGUACUAAAAAGGAAUCUUACACCGCUUCAACCUUGGGAAACUUUGGAUUCUCAACUUCGACUUGCUACUCAAUACCCAAGAGGAUGCAAUCAAUGAUAUUAUUCUGAAACACAGGAUCUCUUUCUCCAGAGAUAGGUUCAUAUGGAAUCAUCCCGUUUGAUGCCAAGGAUAGAAACGUAUGCAUCGACGGAAUGGGAGAGACAGCAGAUUGCUCGCAGCGCCUCUACAAAGACUUCGAAUAUUGGUAUACAACUGAAUGCAGUCACAAAAAAUUUUGAAUUUUAAAAGAUUUGGAUUUAUUUUUCAAAGGACCAGGAGACAGGUGCAACAACGAUGACUCUAUUCUUUUCCUGAAUGUUAAAUGUUUACAAGAUGUUGAAGAUAUUGAAGUAAAGAGGAACCAAUCGUACUACAUCAUGUGUAUUGGUAUCUUUAUGGGCCUCUCUCUGUUGGUAACCCUAUAUUACGCCCAAAACAAGCUAAAAAUCAAAGCUAAAUUGUGGGAUCUUGAUAUGAUCACUGCAAGCGACUACACAGUCACUUAUGAGAUAGAUAAUGACGACUAUGAGCUUUUCAAAACCCAGCACCAAGAUGAAUCGGGGGAAUCAGCUCCCCUUGCUUACAUGAGUGUGCUCAAGAACAGGAUUGAAAAGCAGGUCAGUCAAGCUAAAUAUGUGCUUGAAGAGACAGAUGAUAUCAAAGUUGCCAAUAUCAACUACUCUUUUAAUAACCACAAGAUGAUAGAACUUUUAUGUGAGAGAGGAACUGCCAUUGCUAAUCACAACUUGGAGGAGAAGAAAGAGAUAGAGAAAAAGAUCCAUGAACUUGAGAAGGAAGAUUUUGAUGAGAUAUCUACCCCUGCUCUCGCAUUUGUCACAUUUGAGACUCAAGAAGGCUAUGAGAGGGCUAUAAAAAUUACAUCCAGGCUGAGAUCAGUGUUCAACCCUGCUGUAGAGCCAACCAAUAUUAUUUGGGAGAAUAGCCAUUAUAGUUUAACUCACAUUCUGACAAGAUUAGCAAUUGUUGUUUCUAUUGUCUUCUUCCUACUUUUGGCUGUAUUCUUCAUUUUCUUCUACCUGAAGAAAGGAAUUUCAGUUGCAAAUGGAAAGUACAUGAACCUCAACUGUGAUAGCUUUAAUAGAAAUAUAGACAGUGAUAGUACUAAGCUCAAAUUUGCCUUAAUUGAUUACUAUGAUUUUUAUGAGUCCAAACUAGACAAUAGAAUGACAGGAGCCCUUCAAUGUUUCUGUGAGCAGUAUAAUGCUGAGCAAGGAGUAUUCCAAACAAUGAAUAAUGUAUUCAAACACCCUGAAGUCCUUGUAGAUGGAAAAGAAUAUGAAGCCCAAAUGUGUAAUGAAUGGGCUACUGAUCUCUUAUUUGCGCCAUUCUGGGGCUCAUUAGUAUCAAUUAUCACAGUUUUCCUUAACUUCUUCCUAAGAGGAUGGGUGAUUUCCAUGGUUCAUACAAUUGGAUUCCAUACUGAGACUUCACAAACGAUGGUGAUCAUGAUCUUUGUGUUCCUUGUCCAAUUCUUGAACACUACAAUCCUUAUAAAUCUUGUCAAUGCUAAUCUUUCUGAAGCAGUCGGAAUUUCUAUCUUCAGUGGACAUUACCCCGACUUUGAUUUCGAUUGGUAUUCAGAUGUUGGAGCCUCUAUCAUAUAUACAAUGACCUUUAACGCAAUGUGGCCUUUUAUUGAAAUGGCUAUGGGAGUUGGAAUGGCUAUAUUCUUCAGAAUUCUGGACAAAGGACUCACAUGUGAUAAGUACAAGACUAGUAGUCAGACCCUCCAGCAAUAUAUUAACUUGUACUCCGGUCCUGAAUAUCUUGUUCAUUUCAAGUAUUCAAGAAUUUUGAAUACAGUGUUUACAACCUUUAUGUAUGGGCUUGUUCUACCCUGGAUCUUCCCAGUAGGGCUACUUACUCUACUGAUCGAUUAUGUUGUAGAGAAGGUAUGCAUUGUUUAUUACUACAAAGAUCCACCUUCAUAUGAUAAUAAACUAAAUGAUGCGGCAAUCUACCUGAUGAAAUGGGCACCUCUGCUUAUGUUCUCAGUUGGUUUUUGGAUGUUCUCAAACAGGCAAAUCUUUGAGAACCAUGUCGAGCUAAGCGUUGAGUCAAACCCAGUCGCUCAAAAGACAGGACAUGUAUUGUUCAGAGAUAUCACCGCAACUCCUGCUUACAUCCUGUUCAUCAUAACUCUUGUACUAUUUUUAGGUUUAGUAUUCAGGAGGCUCAUUUCUUAUGUACUCAAGAAGACACGUUUUCUUAUAAAAAUUAACAAUCAUAUCGAUGAAAACCUACCUAAUUACUCUGAUGCUCUCGAGUAUGACGAUUCGAUGUACCUCAUGUCUAUGGAAAGACAUAUGCGUAAGAACUACGGGGUGAAAACAGUGAUGGAUCAGACUCUGAGCAGAAUAGUCUCUGCCAAUCCAACAGAGAAACAGAUCACUGGAAUUGGUGUGUACGACAUUCUCGCUAACAUCAGAUAUUGAAACAAGUUCCAAUAUGAUUACUAUGACCAAGUCCUUAAGAUGAACUUCAACGAAGAAAGUACCAAGAUCAAGCUCUGGCUAAGUGUUGGCUUCAGGAAUAAAUCUGAUGUUCUUGGGCAUGACUCUGAAAGAAGAAACACUAAUUUCACAUUUGCAGGCAUACAGAAGAAGAUAUUUGAAGGUAUGAUUAGCAAGGAUAUUGAAGAACAAAUUGAAAGAAAAACACUUUUAAUUUCAGAUACCAUAAACAGCAUUGAAAGAGGAAUUCAAGAGGAUAGUCAUGUAGAUAUCAUCCUUGAAGAGGACGAAGAGGCCAAAGAGGAUAAAGAAAAGGGAUUACUUGAAGGAUACGAUUAAAUUUACUCGUCUUGAUUAAAUUCAAUCA